UUUGCAUUUAUAUUAUUAACCAUGGAUUUAUUGUCUGAUCCGUAUCCAGAACUGCAGCCGAUUGAAGAGGUGGCUCUAGACACUGUGGUGUCCGUUGUGAACAGAGCCAAGGAGCAACUAGGACAGCGUCAAACUUUGAAGGAACUUGCACGAUGUCGAGAGCUCUUCGGCAGAAAGCCUAAGCUAAACAUCACCGGCCUUCGAGCUCCACUGGCCAUCACAGCGGAGCAUCUCAUCGACGACACCAUCAGGUUCAACUGGAAGCUGACUGAUCUCUUCCUCUUCUGCAUCAACUAUAAGGGCGGGGAUGUUGAUGAGCCGUGUCAUUAUUACUACUAUGAGGCGAUAUUCAGCCAGCCUACACCACAGUACCCCAUACCACAAGCCACGGUUACCGUCUACUUCAGAGUACAGGAGAAGUUUACCCAUCCUCAUAAUAGCACCCCAGUCCCUGAGAUCCAGUUCCGUCUAGAAGGGCAGAGAACUUGGCACGACAUUCGCUACGUCACUCUCAUUCCUGAGUGGCUGCUGGCCGUCAUCCAGAUGAAGAUCAUCAUGUUCAAGCGAAUUGAGAAAUAUAGCGUUUUCUGAACAAUUAUUUAUGUAAUCAGCAGUUCUUGAAAAGUUUGUACAAAAAUUAAGGAAAAUGUUAAAUUUGUUUUUAUUAUUCCUAUUUGGUUACCAAGAUUCUUCUAAUGAAUUGAGAUUUUAGUAAGUUUUA